UGCAUUUCAAAUCCAAACGGCAGCGGCUUGCGUUCGCAUCUUGCGCAGAGCUCGGAAGACUCCAAAAAAGUUAAAUUUAUAAUUUCGAAUAAAAGUAGCAAUCGUUGAAAUAUAUACAUACAUGUUAGAAUAAAAUUGUGCAAUCGAAUACAGGCUACAAAACAAAUAAUACCAAAAAUUUCAACAAUAUAUUUUUGCGUUCAAUAAAGGAAACGAAAUCAACGCGCUCAAGUACAAAAACCCCUAAAUUAAAGCAUUUUCGUCGAUAAAUAAGUAAAAAGAAAAAAACAGCAACAAAAUGAUGAGCACAGCGCCUAAAAUGAUCAUGGACGAGAAUGCAACGGAGAAAUACAAUCAAGUCCAAGUGAAGAAAUUGACAGUGCCUUCAAACGAGGCAAACACAAAGCGCGCCGCAUUCGGCGAUCUGCAAAAUCGUGGACUAAAUCGUGGACUGAUAUCCAAGGAAGCGGCACAAAAAGAAUUGAAAGAUGUAAAAUUGACCAAGGCGCGUGUGGAUACCCACUGGAAGAAGCAGCCGUUGGGCUUAAGCAAUGCCAAUGCCAAUGCUAAUACUAAUGCUAAUGGCAAUGCCAAUGCAGCUGCUGCCACUAAGUCAGCAGCCGGUCCACUCCUGCGCUCCAACUCGAUGCGUACAAAUUUGGGUCAGAUUGGACGCCAAAUCUCUGGCCGUACGGCUGCAACGACAACAGCCACUGCAAAAGUGGCCGCCGACCCGAGCAACAAGCUUGCCAAACAAAAGUCCAUUUCCGACGAGAAGGUGAACACGCUGCGGCGCGAGGAUAGCAAUUUGUCACGCAAAUCCCUGACCAAGCUGCGCGCUGCAUUGGCCAAUCCCACGGCAGCAGCAGCGGCAGCUCCAACAGCAGCAGCAGUAGCAGUUAAGAAGGAGCCACUGGUGCCCCGUGCUCAGCCACGCACUGCGGCCAACGCGCUGGCCCUGAAGAAGGAAGCGGCUGCUGCUGCUGCGGCUGUUGCUGCACAGCCCAAGAAGGAGAUUGCAAUCCUCUCAAAGCUGCCAUCCAAGCUGCGAGUCGCUCCAGCCGCUGCCCCAAGCCAGACUUCGUCGAUGUCCUUGUCCACCAAACGCUUGGAGGUGGAGGACAUUGAUGCCGAUGAUGGCGAGAAUUUGGUUUUGGUCUCGGAGUAUGUCAACGAUAUCUAUGAUUAUCUCUAUAAGCUGGAGGAGGAGCAGCCCAUCUACCCGGAUCAUUUGGCCAACCAACUGGAAGUUUCUUAUAAAAUGCGCGCUGUGCUCAUCGACUGGAUAAACGAGGUGCAUUUGCAGUUCCAUCUGGCGGCGGAAACUUUCCACUUGGCCGUGGCCAUCAUCGAUCGCUAUCUGCAGGUGGUCAAGGAUACCAGGCGCAAAUAUUUACAGCUGGUGGGCGUGACGGCCUUGUUUAUCGCCACCAAAUACGAGGAGCUGUUCCCACCGGCCAUUGGGGACUUUGUGUUCAUUACGGACGAUUCGUAUACGGGUCAGGAGAUCAGGCAAAUGGAGAUGCAAAUACUGAAGGCCAUCGAUAAUAAUCUGUCACGUCCAUUGCCCAUACACUUCUUGCGGCGCUUCUCGAAGGCGGCCAGCGCCGAGGAUGAGCAUCAUGCCAUGUCCAAAUACCUUUUGGAGCUAGCUAGCAUGGACUACGAGCUGGCCAGCUACAAGCCCUCUGAGAUUGCUGCAGCUUCGCUCUUCCUCUCGCUGCACUUGCUCAAUGGCAAUUCGCGUGCGGCCACCGGAUUUAGCGACAGGCACUGGACGCCCACAUUGGUGCACUAUUCCCGUUAUACGGCUGCCUAUUUGCGUCCGAUUGCACGACAGAUUGCGAAAUUGGCUCGGGAUGCGCCCACGGCCAAGUUGAGGGCCAUCUACACCAAGUACCAGGCGAACAAGUUCCAGAAGAUCGCCUUGCGUCCGGAGCUGAGCAGCGCGUUGUUGGACUCGAUUGUGGGCAAGAAAUAGUUGAAAUUAGCCAGAAAUACACACACACACACACCCACCCACUCACAGAGGGAGAGUGAGAGAGAAAUAAUAGCUCAACCCACACAUCCACCGCCCAGCAGUUGGCGUUGAUAUUGACUGCAAUUCACGUUUAGUUCAAUUUUUUGUUUCCUAUUUUAAAUUUGUGUAAUUUCUCUUGCUCGUUCUUUAUAUUUGUAUGUGAAUGUGAGUGUGAGCGUGUAAUUGAUUAAUAAUUGUGCAUAAUUGAGUAUAUUUAAUCGUAGUUAACCCACCCCCCUUCAGUUUACCCCCCAACACUCCCCUAACAUCUAUAUAUCUAUACAUAUAGUAUAACCGGAUCCAGCGUCAGACUCGGCAACAUUUUCAUCGUUUGGGUAAAAGUUUGCUUGAGUUUUGUUCUUCUGGUCGACGUUUUCCCACUCCCCCCUCACCCCUACUGCUACUAUAUAUAUGUUAUAUAUAUAUAUGUGUAUGUUUGUAUGUAACUUGUUUUUAACAAUGAGCCCUCAGAGAAGAUAAGCAAGAAAAAAAAUAGAAGGAGAAAAAGAGAUAAACCGGUGAGCAACGGGCGCAUUUGCUGGCUAAAGAUAUCGGCGUUGCCUCUCAAAGUAUUUUAAGUUACUUUCUCAAAAA